AUGGGAAUAACGGUCCAAAACAUCACAGGAAACACGGCAAUGGUAAUUUGGCCAAAAAUGGCCAGUUGCGUUGACAGCUUUUACAGCGUCAUGUACCACCCAAACUGGAACACCAUGCUAUCAAGUUACUCAAGAAAGAACUUUCAGAAGGAGGAGAGGGUGCCCACCAGUCGCUCCUCCUUUGUUGUUGAAAACCUGACUCCACUGACAACCUACAUCGUGUGCGUGACCUGCCAGUCCGCCAACCCCUCCAGCGACCAGUGCAGGGUUUUUAACACGCUGGAACGGGACCCGGCAUCCGUGAACAACACCAAGAAAGAGCUGGCGCUGGGCAUCUGGCUCACCAGCAGCGUCCUGCUCCUCAUCAUCGCCGCGAUCCUCCUCUAUGGCUGCCUGCACAUCCUGUGCCGCAGGAGACGUGAGCGCUUGCAAGGGCAAAACGGGACCUGUGAACAAGACGAUGGGAAGGCCUGGACCAAAAGUGCAGCCCGCGCCUCAGAGGAGCUUGGCAGGCAGAGCCAACUGAUGCAGGACACCGAGGAAAAGCAUCCAGGUGGCAUCCAACUGGCCACAAUCAUAGUGAAUCCCUCAGUGUGCAAGGAGCCCGCCAUGCCAACUUCCAAAAGCCAGGAACGAGUGCCAGCAACAGGGCAGCACUCUGCUAUGAAUUAG